CAGACCAUGCGCUGGCAAAUUCCCCUUUAAUAAUCCUAAUGCAGAAAACCAUCCAAUCACAGCUCUGCCCUUCCCUGAUACCUGAUGCCAGCUCUCUGGUAAUGUAGGCCACCGUAACAAAUCCAGAGAGAUUGAGUUGGGCUGAUAGUGUAGCCUAACCGUGUUGUUUUUUUUUUUUUUUUUUUUCACUGCUGUUAAUAACACAAGAGAACUUAUACCAAUGAUCAUUAGCUCUCAGGCCUCCAGCUGUGUCAAGGCAGGCGCAGAGAGGGAUUGUGGGAAAGUCGGCACCUUGUGAAUUGGAAUUUAGGCAACAAGAAACAUCAGUUGAGAGAAUGCGGUGGCUCUUGGACAGCAGCUGGAGUAAAUUUGGACAUGCAGGCAGGGGUAGCUAUGAGUGGAUGACAAGUGAACCUGGACUACCAAUUGAAGAAACCAAGCUGCAGAGCAAGCACCCCAAUGAAAUCAAUUCCACCAAAGAAGACUUACAGCCAUUCUUGUGCAUCAUACUCCCUACGACUGCAUUACUGGUGAUAGGGUUCUUUGUGCUGUUCCUUUAUCGGAGGUGUCGACGGAAGAUCCCACAAGGUCAAAUCUUUGCCAUAAGUCUCCAGGAGAACCUUCCAGACAGAGAAAUUGACUUCUUUUCCACCUUAACUUGGAGCUCAGAACCUUUUCAGUACUGUACACUGGUACCAGAUGCCUCUUUUCUUACCAUAUGUUUGCCUCCCCCGUAUGAAGAAGCAAUCCUGAAGACAUCAAGUGACUCCUGCAUCAGUAUCUAUCAGGACCCAGUGCCUCCAUAUGAGGAAAGACCACGCAGGUCAAGUAAAUAAUGUUAUGACUUUGGAAUGUAAAGUAAAUUUCACAAGUGGACUACAGCUGGACCUGGAAGUCCAAUAACUUUAUUUAGCAGCUUGCAAUGUAAGGGCUUUUUUAUAAUAUAUACCAAGGUUGCACAAAAUGGGAAAGUGCUUUUUUUAUACAUGAAUAUAAGCACACCAACGCAAGGUGGCAGUUUACCUGACUGCCUGCUUAAACUAUUCAGGUUGUAUUUAUCUGAGGGCUUCCUUUACAUGUAUGUAAUAACAUAGCCAAGAAAUUUGUAAAAUAAGAUUUUGUUAUUUUUUAAUAGUAUCAUAUGGCAUUUAAAAAAAUAAAUUGCGACCGACGGAAGAUUGCAUAACCAGUAAGCUCAAAACUUCAGGCACUUUUUGACUUUGCUUGACCUAGAGCCUCCCAGUAGCUACAUGGAGUGCUGUGUCAGUAUUUUUGCUACUAAUAUGGGCUGGAAUAUUUCUCAAGUACAUACUGUAACUGUUUAUCACUGAGAAUCUUAGGGGUCAUCAUACUUUGACCAUUGACCACUAAAAUAGCUGCAUGACCAGCCUAUUACAUCAACUUUCCUCUUACAGCAACUGGAAUUAUACAACUUUGUAGGACGCUCAGCUUUAACCAAAUACAUAUUACUUAAAUGUAAAGAAAAAUGGACUUCAUUUUAUAUUAGUUUGGAUAUUUUAGGAAACUACAAUUGUCUAAUGUAAUACAGGUAUGACAUUGGUAUGUUUAUUUCCUGAAUUAUUUAUCUUCUCUUUUAAAAAAGCACUUAAUAAUGCUCAAAAAGCUAUUUUGUACCGUGUAAUUCUGACAGAUGGACAUAAUAAAGAUAUUAUGAGUAACCACA